AUGUAUAAUGUUAAUAAUAUUUUUGAUCAACUUUCUUAUUCAAAUAUAAGGAUAUAUAUUUAUAAUUCAGCAAAUCUUUCUAGUGAAGUAAAAAUAUAUGCAGCAUCAGAAUUUCACCAAAAACCAUGGUUUUCAGAUAUUGAAAUAACUAUGGAUGUAGAUUAUCAAGGAAAUUAUGAAGAAACAUAUUGGGAUAAAGUUUUAUGUUUAGUAAAACUUUUAAGUCUUAAAUUUACCUUAAUACAAUGGUAUGAUUAUUUUGAAAAUAUACCUGAAAACUCAAAAUUUGGAUGUCCAUACUUAAAAUUAGAAAACCAUUAUGAUUUAAUUCCUAUUAGUUUUAUAUCAAAUGUAGUUCAUAUUAUACCAGAUUUUAAUGUUGAUAAUGAUUAUUUUAUUAAUAAAUAUAUUUUAAGUAAAUAUUAUAAUAAUAUGUAUUUGUUAGCAAAUAUAUUAAAAAGUUAUUAUGAUUUUAUUAAGAAUUAA